AUGAAUGCUGUUUCUGAUGUUUUGGGUGAGGAGGGAAGAAUGGUUGGGGACGCGUGUGUGAAAGUAAAGAUUAUUGGAGAGCCCGAAGACUACGCGCGAAAAAAAUAUACAUGGAAUGAUGCUUUGAAGCGUUUGGAGAGGUGUUAUGCAGGAAGGAGUCCUGCAAAUUUUGUCGGUGAUCUUCUACUUCCCCGUGAAUAUGAUGACAAGGGCAAUGUAAAUAGAGAGAAAACUUAUAAUAUUUUAGAUAUCCACAAUGCUCUUGAGAACUUUGAUGAAAAGCCCUUUGUUCAAAAGUAUCCCAGACCAGGAACUGGACGUGAUGAAUUGGAAAAGUUGAUUGACAAACGAAGAGCAGACGUCGAAAAAGAGCACGCGGAAGCUAUGGCAGACCCGAAUUCACGACGUGAGUAUUCCUGGCUUGUUGCUCAGCGACGUGUGCGAGAUUGUUUUGCUGGGAACUUUGCAUUUGAUAGCCCACCCUUUGGUUUCAAUUCAAGAUACAAGAAAAAUGUUACUUAUAACAUUUUUGACAUUUGUAAGGCAGUUGUUUUCCUUAAGGAAAGUGACAUUAGUCCGUUGUGCCGUAAAGGCAUUCCUUUACCUUCAGGACCAGGAUCUGAUGAGCUGAAAAUGUCAAUUAAAAAAAACAACUUUGACCUGGAAGAGGAGAAAAAGGAAGCACAAACGAGGAUAAAACAGUAUUCAAAAGAUGAGGCAGUGAAGAGAGUGAAAGAUUGUUUUCCACUUAAUCACACCUAUCUGGACGAAAACGUAGCUUUAUUCCAAAAUAGUGGUAAUGGGGAGACUUAUGAUAUUUUUCAUAUUUACAAGGAAGUAGAACGACUUAAAUUAUAUCGAUGUCUUCAACGUAACGACAGUAUGUGCAAAAGUGUUACCAAAGAGUAUGAGGCUGCCUUAAAAGAGCUUGGUAGAUCAGGGCUCGAAAUUAACUUUUUCGUUCGGGAGCCAGCUGGCGACUAACGGAAAAAUUUUGGUCGCCAGAUCGUAAAUUUUGGUCGCCAGCUUAUUUUAUAUAUAACUUAGACCCUGUUUACAUGGAGUGGGGGACCGCAGUCUAGUGGGGUAGGUUUCUUUUGCUUUGUGUCCCCCAGGGCGUGAAAACAAAAGAAACCAACCCCACUAGACCAGGGUCCCCCACUCCAUGUAAAGAGGCCCUUACACAAGAACACGAUUUUAUACGUUACUUUGCGUGCAAGAAAAGUCACAACUGAAGAGCGAAAACAAUUAGAAACAACAUGAGUAACACUUAGUUAUAAAGCUACCGUUGUUCUCAGGUGAUAUGUCUCAGGUCCGAAGGUGAUGGUUGUCUCCAUAGUCAUUUUAAAUGAAGCGAAGCAUAAAACGUUUUAAGUCCGUGGUUUUCAUUCUGAGACAAACACGGGUCCUUGCGUAUUUGCCCUUUGCUACUUCUACGAAAUGGCGUUCUUUAUUUUCGACUUGCUUUCCUCGACGCCUUUCGCUGCCGACAAACAACGCCAUGCUUGGCCCAGGCCACCACAUUGCUCGUACCAGUCUCCGACCGGGAGGAAACAUAAAUGGGCUUAGUGCCGUUUUUAGGUCUUCGUUUCAUUUUAGACAGAACGUUGUAGGAAAGUAAAACCUAAAAUAUUGCGGGAGUUUACGGAAGCACCGCUUGAAUUGAAUCGCUAUCUCCUUACCUUAAAGUAUAAAGAAACGUUGUUAAGAACUAUUCACUCAGGUACUUUUUCUAUUAGUGAUAGUUAUAUCCAUUUAUUAACCGCCCACUUUCCCUACAUCAACAACUGAUGAAGGAUUCAAAGUUUGGAUUAACCUUUUGGCUGAAUCUUCAUUCCCCGCACGUAAAUACUCACGUAUUUCCUUCAACUGAUUUGUAUCUGCCGCCAUUUUCGCGGCAAAUGAAAAGCACAUGAUGUUGAAGUGCGCCUGCGAUCCCAGUUUCGGAAGAAGCCACGGAAACAAUAUGGCGCGUCGUGAACGCAGUAUCGACGUUUCGAAAUACAUUCAAUUUUUUCGAUUAUCUUGUAGUAUUCAGACAUUAUUUUACUGGGGACAGAAAGGUGAGUUGGAUACUAGCUACCAUAUCCGAUUGAUUUCCUAAUAUAAAGAUUUAAAAACAAAAGUUGUGUCGUGGUUUUCUUUAGCCAUCGGACAAAACGCGAGUCGCCAGCUGGCGACCAGUUCUGAAAAUUUAGUCGCCAGUCCUCAAUUUUUGGUCGCAUUGGCGACCAGUGAGUCGCAAUGUCGAGCCCUGUAGAUACUCUCAGGAUGAGGCAUGGCGUCGUGUGAGGGAUUGCCUAAAUCCAGGCUACUAUUGGUUGGACACAGACAUAUUUCCUGAUAAGAUUAAGGAUGAAAGGGUGCGAAAAACUGAACAAACCUAUGACAUCUCUGAUAUUAAAAAUUCAAUUGAGUACUUUGAUAAAAGAAAGUUCCUUGAUAAGUACCUACCAGAAAAUAACAAAUACCCAGAUGCAAGAGAAAGGAAUGAAAAAGUGAAGGAAGAGAGGGAAAAAAUUAUAGAAGAGUAUGUGAAAGCUACAGAAAAAGGUGAAAUUAGUCAUGGCUCUGGAUUUAUCAUAAAUGACCACUAUAUUAUCACUAAUAAGCAUGUAAUUGAUGAUGCAGAUGGUAAAGAGAUUGUUAUUUCUAAUGCUUCAAUUAGUGAGCUCCCCUGUGAGGUUGUUUACACUGAUGGUGGAAAAGAUUUAGCGCUGCUCUAUUGCCAAGAGCUUGACAUCAAGCAAAAUCAAGUCGUGCCAUUGCAUUUGUCAAAUCAGCCAUUAGUAACUGGCAUGCAAGUAUUUUCUUUUGGGUAUCCCAUGAGCCACACAGGAGAAACAGCUCUUUUUAUUAAUGGUCAUGUUUCUGGUUUUACAAAACCAUAUGCAGAUAACCGUCCUUCAUUGGCAGUGCUAAAUUUGUCACUAAACUCAGGUAAUUCUGGAGGCCCAAUCCUCCACUGGAUUGUGAAUCAGCUGAAAGUUGUUGGUGUUGCAACACAGAAACACUUCAAAGAGAUUCUGACAUUUGAAGAGAGGGAUAAAAUUGAAAAAAUCCGGAAAUCCAUGGAAACAAAUGAUAUUUCCAAUAUUUCAGAAGAAAACAUUACACACUUUAGCCGCCUCUCACCGGGGGGUGAGUUAGACAUUGAACCUGAUCCUCGCCCCUCACUUUGGGGCAAGUUAGACAUUGAACAUGAUCCUCGCCAGAUACCAAUGAAUUUACUUACAUUAAAACUCUAUGAUGCUCUGGAAACUCACUCACAGUUCAAUUUAAGUAAUGCACUACCAGGGGAUAAUGUCAUUAAAUUCAUAGAAGAAGCUAUCAAGAAAUGUAGUAGAGAGCAUAAAGAUGAGUUAGUUGAGGUGGUGAAGAGGGCUUCAGAUCACAAUAUUUUACCUUCUGGUCAACACUCUGUUUCAGACUGUUGUAUUCAAUAA